CGAAUCACGCAGCAGAUGUGCUAUUUGGGUGUCUGUCACGUGAGACAGCUCGCCCUGUUUAAAAUGGUCUUGCAGAGCAUGUCGGGCUAAAAAAGAGAGAAUACAGAUGGACUUGAAUCACAGAAACGUUCUUUCGUUAAUUUAUGAUUAAUCGAUUUUUACUUUAAUUCUGAAUAAAGUAAACAGACAGAAUCAGAAUAUUGAAGAAUGACAACAUAAUUGGCGACCGUGACAGGACAAUCGACAUGGAAAAGUACUUAGAAUUAGCAACACGAUACGGAUUGCAAGGUGAAGACGCGCUGAAGUUUGCAGCUGAGCGUAUGGACAAGGAUGUGGAGCGAGAGGAGAGAAGAUUGGAGCGCGAUAAAGAGCGAGAAAAGGAAAGAGAAAAACGCGAAGAGGAAAGAGAAGAACGCGAAAAAGAAAGAGAGGAGCGAGAAAAGCAAAGAGAAGAACGAGAAAAGGAACGGAAACACGAGUUAGAAAAGUUGCAAUAUCAAAAUGAGACACAGAGCACAUCAAGACAAGCCGCAAACCCUGUGCUGACUCCAAAACUGCCUCCAUUUGUAGAAGGCCGUGAUGAAAUGGACAGUUAUCUCCUGAGAUUUGAGAGGUUUGCUCGGGCCGCUGGAUGGGAAGAGGAGCAGUGGGCGGUCUCACUGAGCGCCUUGUUAACCGGCAAGGCGCUAGAUGUUUAUUAUCGACUGGACGCUGAAGAGUCUUCCGACUAUGAACAUCUGAAACACGUGCUGCUAAGGCGUUACGGACUGACAGCAGAGGGCUAUCGAAAGAAGCUGAGGGAGUCGAGGCCUGAACAAGAUGAGACACCUGCGCAGUUCGUAGUCCGACUACAAGCAUAUCUUAAGCGAUGGAUCGAAAUGACAGAGACUAACGACUCGAGAGACGGCUUGAAGGCGCUGAUAAUUCGAGAACAGUUCAUGGACACCUGUACUCCCGAGCUCCGCCUGUUCUUGAAGGAAAGGGAUCUGGCCUCUCUUGAAGAUCUCACCGAAACUGCUCAACAAUAUUUGGAAGCAAGAGGCCAGACCUUAUUUGAUCUGAAUAGGAAGCCUCAGUGGAGCAGGGACGCGAGACCACGGAGUUUCAGAGUGUCGGGACAGGCUGAAACAGUUCGAUCCGCAGCUGCACUACAAGUAAGUGCAAAAACCCUGAAAUGCGCUUUUUGUGAGCAGCAGCACGCCACAGAAGCAUGCCAAGAUGUUUUAAAACUCAGUGUCGAAGAGCGACGUAAGCGACUGCUAGCAUCCGGCUGUUGUUUUCUGUGCCUGCGUCCAAAGCACAUCGCUAGCACUUGCGAGAGUAAGAAAACGUGCACUGCAUGCCAGCGGAAACAUCAUGACCUACUCUGCUUUGACAACGAAUCGGAAGCGUCGAAGAGACCCGCACAAGUCCUCGCCGCUCGGUCGCAAGUGCAAAACAAAACUGGCGUCGCCCUGCAGACUGCUCGCGUUAUGGCUGUCGGGGCAGCGGGCUUGAAGUGCGCUAGAAUGCUUGUGGAUUCCGGCUCUAACCAGUCAUUUAUUACAAAACGGCUGGCUACGAAACUGCAGUGCAAAAAUGUCGGAGAGCAAGACACUCAGAUAGUGACAUUCGGAGGUACUGAGAAACGUCACAAGUCAAUGAAGAAGGUGUCUGUCACGCUGAGGAAGAUGGGUAGCAUGUCCAGCGGCCUUACACUGAGUUUGGUCCAGAUUGACACCAUCUGUGGCCCGGUGAACACAAGCCUCACAGUGAAUCAAGAAGAGCUGGAUCACUUGCAAGAUCUUGAUCUCGCUGAUCCCCCAGAAGAGUGGGAAGACGGACAGGAAGUCGACAUACUGCUCGGAAUGGAUUUUUACCAGGACGUCAUGACCGGACGUGUACGACACAGCAUGUCCGGUCCGAUCGCGAUGGAGUCCAUUUUUGGGUGGAUUCUGGGCGGCCGAGUCAAUUCAACUGAAGAAGAAAGCAAACAGACUCUCUUCGUUCGAACGACGAAUGCCAGUGAAGAUCUUGAGCGGAUCUGGGAUCUGGAUUCGAUCGGGAUCAAGAGCCCUCCAUUCGCUAGUGCACGCGAGGAAAAACAGACUCUGGAAAAUGCAGCGGUGUCACACUUCGAGAACACGUGCACAAGACUCGACGAUGGACGAUACGAAGUGCGCUGGCCAAAGAAAGAAAACUUUGACAGUCUCCCUGAAGAUGACAAACUAGCUCGAGUACGCCUCGAGCGUUGCGAGAAGGCUUUAGAGUCUAGAGGACGAAGGCAGGAAUAUGAGCAAGCUCUGAUGCAGUAUAUAGAGAACGACUACGCCGAGCGAGCCCCCAGCACCCCCGAUGGGCCUCUACACGUCAUGUCACACCACGCUGUGUACAAAAAUGGGAAGAUACGGAUUGUGUUUGAUGCAUCCGCCGGGCAUCCUAUUUCCCUCAACGACUGCGUGCUGGCCGGGCCCAAUCUUAUCGCAGACCUUGCUGGAAUCCUGCUGAGAUUCCGGCUCCACCGAGUCGCUGUAUCAGCCGAUAUAGAAAAGGCCUUCCUGCAGAUCAGCCUCCAUCCAGAGGAUCGCGAUGUGACCAGAUUCCUCUGGAAAGAAACUCCUGGAGCAGAGCCGACCGUAUUCCGGAUGAAGCGAGUCGUCUUUGGGGUCAGCGCGGCACCCUAUCUCCUACAGGCAACAAUCAGGCGGCACCUGAGUCAAUAUACCGACUCAUGCGCUGCAUCAGCUCUGCGUCUGAGUACCGACUUGUACUGCGACGAUCUGUUGACAAGUCUGAAGACAGAAGAGGAAGCAGAGAAAUUCAUCCAAGAGACAAGGCAGAUCUUCAGCGAGGCGAAGAUGAAUAUGAGAAAAUGGGCCAGCAAUCGAAAGCUGGCUGCGGUCGAAGACGACAGGUCCAACUCGAUUCCGCUCCCUGAUGGCGAGACAGAAGAGAAAAGGGUGCUGGGAGUGGUAUGGGCCCCAACGGACGACAGCUUGAGGUUUGAUCCCAGCUCCCUUGUGAGCUUGAGUGAUAGCCUGCGUCCUACCAAGAGGAACGUUCUCAGAAUAUCCGCCAGGAUUUUCGAUCCUCUGGGCCUGCUGACACCGUUCACAGUGCGGACCAAAAUGCUACUGAAGCAACUGUGGAUUGGAGGGAACCGAUGGGAUGACCCAAUGCAAGCAGAUGCACGUCGGCUAUGGGAAGCGUGGAAGGAGGAUCUCAAAGAACUCGAGAAGAUCCGCAUCCCAAGAAGUUACGGUUCAGCCAACACUGAAUCGUUUGAAAUCCACACCUUCUGUGACGCCAGUCAAGACGCCUAUGCCGCCGCCGUGUACCUGCGGUCAACUGAUAAAUAUCCCCGCAAGAGUAGACUGCUGAUUUCGAAGAGCAGGCUGGCGCCGACAAAGCCCAUGUGUCUGGCGCGUCUUGAGCUAAUGGCAGCGGUGAUCGGCGCUCGACUCACCGAAUAUGUGCUACAAGCUCUCAGCAUUCAGCCGGACUCCGUACAUUUGUGGACGGACUCAGCCGUGGCACUCGCCUGGAUACGGAGCAACCCGCAGCGAUGGGGUGCCUUCGUGUCGAACCGUGUGGUGGAACUGCAACAAAAGUUCGCUCCAGAGUGUUGGCGGCAUUGCCCUGGCCAGAGCAACCCGGCAGACUUGCCGUCGCGAGGUGUGUCUGUCAAGAAGAUGCAGGAAGACCUAUGGCAAAGAGGUCCUGCUUGGCUGGAGCUGCCUGAAGAAGGAUGGCCGCGGCAAGAUCGGAUCUGUGAACCUCCGGAGUGUCUGAAGGAGGAAAAGAAGAGCAAAACUGCACCGGUUCUGGUGACUCAUCAAACUCAUCCUGACGGAAGCUGCCGGCUGAAAAAUGUCAUUGAUGUCAGCAGAUUUAGCACACUCGACAAGCUGCACCGAGUCACUGCAUGGGUGCUCAGAUGGAAAGCCAUCCGCCCCGGCCAGACCAGAGAGCACGGAGACCUGACUGUGGAAGAGCUCCGCAGGGCUGAAAACAUCUGGCUGAAGGAACUGCAAAUGGAGUCGUACGCUGCGGAGCUUGCCAGGCUUCAAAAGGGAGAGGAAAUCAGCAAGCAGUCCAACGUUUACAAUCUGAAUCCGUUCAUGGAUCAAGAUCUGAUGAAGACGGGACGCUCGUGCGGCCGAUUCAGCGGCUUCAUCUUCUGGAGGCAGCUAACCUAA